UGGGUGCCAGAACAGGUGCACGGAGAAACUAACGAGCUUGGCUCGAGUGUUUUGACAGUUUUAUUGUGCAUUUUUUGAAUUUAGCUGUCUGUCUGUAAAUGUGAAUACGAUAUUUUAUUUUUCCUUGAUUAUUACUGUUAUAUACAUUUUUUUUUCCUUUUUUUUUAUUUUUGAAUUAGUUUUGGUUUCUUUGAAUUUUUUUAUGGCACAGAAUAUUCGGUAUUUUCCACCUCUUGGCCAAACACCUGCUUAUUCACGUUACACCUAUUAUUUGUUUUGUUGCAAGAACGUGACACUUCUCCCGUUUUCCCUUCCCUCUGUGAAAUAACCAUCUUCAUACUCAUCUCCGUUCUUUUGGUGAUGGAUAUUUCCGAGUGUUUUAACGUGUUGCGGGUCCCGGAGGAUGCUACGAUCGAAGAAGUAAAGAGAAGCUACAGGAAACUUGCCUUACGGUAUCACCCUGAUCGGAAUCCUGGUAAUGAUGAGUGCCAUGCCAUAUUCUCUCGUAUAAGCACUGCCUACGAUAUCCUGACAAGCGACACCGAACGAAAGUGGUAUGAACGAACUGCCAUCCGCCAGCAAUACAAGGUUCACGAAGAUGAUUUGAGAAGAGAGCUUGCUGUUUUAGAUUCGUUACAAUGGAAGAAUAGUGAAACGUACAAAAUCCUUAGUGGUUGGUGUUCAUUCAUUGAAUUGUUAAAAAAGGACGAAGAUGUCGCCGCUGCGUCUGCAGAUCCCGCGACCGUUUCUAAUUCCAGAAAGACUUUGCCGCUUUAUGAUCCCAAUCUAUUUCUGCCUUGGUCGCGAGUAAAGCAGUUUUACCAACAAUGGCAGCGUUUCAACACAAUCAAGACGUUCGAUUGGGAACGCUUGUAUAAGGAGGAAGACGAGCGAGAGAAUGCAGUAAAGAAGAUCAUGCGGCGCGAAAACUUGCGAAUUAUUCAAAAUGCGAAAGCAUCUUACAAUGACUUGGUCCGGCAACUUAUUCGUCGCAUGGGAGAACUUGACCCUCGCAAGCAGAAUGUCGUUGUUCUGAGUGAACAAGAACGCUACGACCAACUACAGGCUUCGUCACGCCUACAAAGCAUACGUGACCGUCGAUUAAACCAGCAAACAUUAGCCUCCGUUUCUCUACCUGAAUGGACACAAGUGCGGUGUGCCGCGCCUUAUUCUGAUGAGGAUGAGGAGAGUCUAAGCGAAAACGACAGUGUCGCCGCUGCCCAAAAUGAAACCUUUUUUUGCACUCAUUGUAGGAAAACAUUCAAGACGCAGCAGCAAUUACUUUCGCACGAAAGAAGCAAAAAGCAUAUCAAAGUGGUAAAACAGGAACAGAAGCUUCUGCGAAAGCAGAAACGGAAGGCUGAAAAGACUGUUUUGCAACAGACGCGAGCUGAAGAAUUCGCCGAUGUCGAAUCGUCUGACGAGCUUACUGAAUUUUAUUCCGCUACUGACACCUUUUCAGGUGCAGAAGAUGAGUAUACAGGUUAGUCCAAAUUUGAAUUUACCACGUAUCUAUGUCCAGUUCCUUUUAAAGUUUGACAAAGCUGUGAUAACAAAAAAUCAUGCUGCAUUACCUCCGUCUUCUUCGAAGUGCAAUUCCCCUCCUCAACAAAAUAACAUUCUGUGUGAUAAUACUCUCUCCCUCCGAAUCAUAAUAGUUAAGACCGAUCCUCCUAUUUGCUACAACUUUAUUUAUAGAUCCUACAAUAUCCAGUUCGUAAGAACUCAAUGAAUUUUUAAGCACACUCAUCCAAAAAUGGUACAUUGAUGGGCCCAAUGUAUUUGUGUUCCCUAUUGCACCAACUUAUAGUCAGCCUAUGUUUUUGUAAAGAUCCUUGCUUCAGAUAUAGACUUCAAUAAAUGUUGGUUUAUGGAACAGAAUUUAG